AUGGAAGAAAGCUCAGUUCUGAUAUAUACAAUCCUCCUAAGUACAGUGCUAUUAAUCUAUGUGGCUGCAAGUUUAUACGUGCUAUGGUCUCUGAAAUUUAAAUUGAGAAGCUACGAAUAUACUGCUCUCCUACUCUAUUUUUUAUGUUUCUUGGUUAAAUCACUUUCAUGGGUGGUUGAAUUAGCUAAUGCUGACUACAAAGCUUAUAUUGGAGUAUUUAUACUAAUUGAUGUGUCAACUGAUUUCCUAAUAAACAUCAAUCUUUAUCUGUUUAUCUCUGAGAUGCUGGACGUCUACUAUAAGUUAAGAAGUGAAACUUUCCUAAAAUAUAUGAAAUACAAAAAAUACGUCUAAAUAUUUACUUUAUUCAUGAUAACUCUAAGUAACCUAGUAAUGAUCCUAGCUUUUGCUGUUACCUCUUGGUAUUUCUUAUAAGUGAAAUUGAAAAAUUAAAAUGAUCAAAAAAUCAAUUUAUCUCGCUUUAACAAAUUCAUUAUUGGCUGGGUCAUAUUUCUUCUGAUAUAUAAUUUAGUAUACACAGUUGAAAAAUGCAUUAGGCCCCCUCAUUUUAUGCUAGCACAUUCGUAGGGUGAGGAGGUCUUAGAUAAUGUGUAUAUUGAAAGAUUUAUAGUUUAUACAAUGAGCAAUCUUUGCACAAGUGUUACCUUACUCUACCUAUUUUAUCAUCAAGGGAAAAUUAGACGUGUCAAGAUAAGAGCACUUGAGGUUGAAAUUGUAGCAGAAAUGAUGAGCAAAAGUCUAAUAAAGUAAUAAUAAAUGACAACAGCUAAUUUUGAUGAGAAAGCAGAUCCUAGAGUUAGUACAAGCAACGAUAACCAUAGUCAAAAUUAUUCUAAUCGUAACCACACUAAUACAUCCAUCAACUCUUCGAAAAAGAGAUCAGAACUGAUGUAAAGCCAUUCAGAUACAUCAACUCUAAAGUCAUUUAUUAUGGAUUAGAUUUAGAACUACCAAAGCAAGUUGUAAAAUUAUAGAAAUUUCAAGGAUAGAAUAUUCCUUUGA